AUGGCUACCGAUGCCCGGCCACUGAAGGGCAUCCUCAAAAAGGCAGCAGCCGGAGCCACCGCCUCCGGCAGCGGCGCCGCCAACGCCGUCCUCAAUCCCCGAAAACAAGACCCCCGCGAAAUCGCCCUCCAGCACGCCCGCAUCAUUCAGCAGCGCAAGGACCUAGAGCUCCAGAUCCUCGAGAGCCUGGCCGAACUCUCCGAGUACCCCACCGAGCGCGGCAGCAGAACCUUCUCCGCCGCCAACCCUUCCCCACGCGACGUCGCCGACUUCAAGGCCGGCAUCCGCCUCUUCCAGCCCUCCGACUACGACGACCUCAUCGAGGAGCGCAACGUCAACGGCUUGUGCGGGUACACCCUCUGCGCGCAGCCGAAGCCGAUGGCCUCCAAAGGUGGCGAGUGGAGGCUCAUCAACUUUGGCAAGGCAGACUUUGAUAUCGUCAAUCGCAAGGAGUCGGAGAAGUGGUGCUCCAAGGACUGCCAGCGCAGGGCCAUGUAUAUCAAGGUGCAGCUGAACGAGUCGGCUGCGUGGGAGCGGGCGGGGUUGCCGGAUAUUGAGAUUGAGCUGUAUGGAGAGGAGAAGGCGAGGCAGGAUGACCCUGCAUCGCAGGCUUCGCGCGACCUCGCAAGUUUGAAGCUGGAGGAGGGCAGGAGGGCGGCCGAGGAGUCUACCACAUUGGCCUUGGAGAGAGGAGAGACACGGGAGACGGGACAGCCUGGUAAUACUUUCACUCUUGCCAUUAGGGAGAGGGAGGUCAAGCCACCAACAGAGCAUGGCGUGUUUGGAGAUCCAGACGACUCCCAUUUAUUUGUUGAGGGACACAGACCGGGAGCUGGCAAGGCGCAGGCCAUUGCUGAGGCUUCCCAAUUUGAGGCACAACGUGACCAAGAAAUGUCAUAG